AUGGAGGGACCACCAAGCCCCACCAAGCCCCGCUCCGAGGGGAGCAGGGCAGGGACCUUUGCCUGUGUCACGGGGGCCUCAGCACGGCACGGCACGUUUGGGCACCUGACCGGAACCACCGUGCCCAAAGCCGAGCCCCGGGUGGGGGAUGACGAUGGGGAGGCAGCGCCGGCUGCCCGGGCACGCGGGGAAUGUUUUGGCAGCUCCCAGGGAUGCUGCCCCUCACCCGAGCCCUGGGCGCUGCGCAGUCCCGGGGGGGGAGAGGCUUAUCCCGCCGGGCUCCUGCGGGCAGCAGCGCCCCAGCCCCGCGGGGGGAUUAUCACCGCGGCCCCCCCUGCCCGCAGCCGGCCGGGGGGAGAUAAGGGACGCCCGAGGGGGGUAAAAACAACGCCGGGCGCGCAGGGCCGGAGCGGGGCGGGCAGGGCCGGGCCGGCGCCCCCCGGCCGCCAACGACCUUGGGGUGCGCGGGGACGGCGCGGCCCGACGCCCCCGCACGGGGCGGCCCCGGGGGACCCCACCCAUGACCGGCCUCCCCCCCCGCCGGCCCGGGCCGCCCCCCCCGCGGGGCCCACAGGGAGCCUUGGCCGGGCGCCACGACCCCACCCCUUCCCCCGGGCGGGCGGGCGGGCGCCGCAAUGGAGGCCGGGGGGAGGCGGGGGCGGGGGGCGCGGGGGGGAGGAGGGGGGGCGAGGUCCCUGCGGCCCCGCGGGGGCGGCGGGGCGGGCGGGGGUCGCGGCGGGACCGGGCCCGGGCGGGGGUCGCGGGCCCGGGCGGGGGGGCCGCGCAGGCCCCGCCGCGCCCGUCCCCGGCCACCCCGCGCGGCGCCCGCCAUUGGGCCGGGCGGCGGCGGGCGGGGCGGGCGCGCUGGGCGGAGGGCGCGCCCCGAUUGGCCCCGCCCGCUGCCCAUCAACACGCCUCCCGCUCGCAGCGCUCGCGGGGGCCGCCGGGAAGCGCAGUCCACUCGCCUACCGGCACCUGCGGCGCGGCGCCGCCGAGGGACUACAACUCCCGGCAACCCCCGCGCCGCGCUCCCCCCCACUCCUCCCCGCUCCCAACCCUUCCCCCCCCCUCCGCGACCCCCCCAGCACGGCCCGGCCAAGUACAACGUAUACGGAGGGGCGCGCCCACCCCUCAGUUCCGUACCGGGCGGGGGCCGAGCGGUCCGGGCGAGCGGAGCGGGCCGCGCCGUGCCGAGGCGGGCGGGCCGGGCCGUGCGGGCGGGCGGAGCAGGCUCUGGCCGCCCCGCGGGAGCUGCUCGCCGAGGCCCGUAUGCGGCUCCUUCCUGCUCCGGCCGGGGCCGCCCCGCUCUUAAAGGGGCCGCGCGCCGCCCCCCCGCCCGCCGCCCCCCCCGCGGGGCGCAGCCGCCUCUGGCCGGGGGGGGGCGCAGCGCGGGGGGGGCUCGGGGGGGGCGCGCGCGGGGGAGACCCCAGGGGGGACGCGGACCCCCCCCCCCUUCCAGCGCGGGACAGCGCGAGCGGGGACACGCGUGUCGCACCGUGUCACCUCCCACAUGUGUUAGUGUCACACACACGGACCCCAGACCCACGCCUGUCGCACGGUGUCACCUCCCCCCGUGUGUCUGACGGACCCCAGACCCACGCGUGUCCCCCUGUCCCCACCCACUCGGGUCCCCCCUCGGGCCCCUCCCCGCGUCACCCCACGCUGGUGUCGCCUCCCCACGCCCCCCGCCCCUCCAUGUCCCUCCCCGGUCACCUCCCCGAGGCACCACGUGCCGCCCUCGCUGUCCCCAAUGUCCCCGCAGCCCCUCCCCGCCACUCGUGUCCCCCCCGGCCGCUGGGGGACGGGGACACGGAGCCCAAGGUCACGGUGGGCUCGGAGCCAGCCCGGCAAGGACGGGAGCGGCGCGGGGGACACGGGGACACGGGGACACGGGGACACGGGGACACGGGCGUGCUGUCCCCACCCGGGCGGGGCCGGGCCACCCCCGGCUCGGCUCCCCCUCCCAAAAUAUGA